AACUUCCACGUAAACCAAACAAUUCUCACACUUGAGUCUCUCCAGUCGGUACAUUGUUUGCUGGUCUUCGUCAUUUAGCACAUUAUACCCAAACCAAACCCUUCAUUUUCUCUCUCCUCCACUUUCUGUAAAAAAUUUAACUACACUAUUCAACUCUUCUUCUUCUAGUUAAAUUCAAAUUUGUUUUUUUAAAAAAAAAACCCAGAAAACCACAUGUACUUUAGCUCUCCCACAAGAUCUGUCCCUCCUCUUAUUCUCUCUUCAACUUUUUGUUUUUCUGUCUAAUUUAACCGGAUUUUCCCAGUUUUUUUUUUGGCGGUGUUGAUAUCUAAACUUCUUCAAAUCGUUGAAAAAUGGAUUAUGUCACAUUUCGAAUUUUGCCAGAAAACAGGUAUGGUGCAUGUGUAUGUAGCGAAGAGGAAGAGGAAAUGGUUGCAGAUGGUCCUCUUGAUCAACUCUUGGAACAUCUACCCAGCAUAAAGGAUCAAAUUGUGAAAGGAUCUUGUGAUAACUUCAUACUAGAGUUGCCAAAUUCCGUUGGUGACAGGGGUUGGUUCACAAAAACCACUUUAACCAGGUUUCUUCAAAUAAUCAAUUCACCUCAUGCCCUUAAGAAAUCAAUCUCUAUCUGUAAUGAGUUGUCCCAGUUAGAGGAAACGAGGAAGUUUCAUCUUUCAUUAUACACCCAGGCUGAUCGGGUUACAUCAUCAGAUAACUCAAAGAAUGAAUUACUUCGGGCAAUGGACUCCAGAAUUGCAGCUUUGACAGAAGAAUUGGUUUCAACUUUUAAUGUAGCAGCUGGAGCUGCAUUAUCCUAUCAAGAGAUGAAUUGUCUCCAAGAAUUUUGUCAAUACUUUGGUGAUGUAGAUGUCAAAACUCUGUUGUUAAAAUUGUCAGAGAGAAGCCAAAAAGGUCAGAAUGUCCCUGUGAACAAUAAGAAGUCUCCUGUCCCAACGAUAUCAAAGAGUGAUUAUGAAAACAAGAUUAAUGCAUUUAUCCAAACAGCGGGACAAACAAAUUCGUUGAAACCUGUACAGUACAAUGCAUCACCAGCCAAAGCUGCUGAACUUGAGAGGCAAAGUUCAACAGGGAGUGACGACUCGUCUUUCUCAAGUGAGGAUGAUCGGCCUUCUGCUACUGAAAGAAGUCGAACUCUUGUAAGAUCUGCAUCUCCGCGAAGAUCAGCAUCUCCGAUGCGAAAGGUCCAAAUAGGUAGAUCAGGAUCUCGUCGGACUCCUGCCCUAACUAUUAAGAGCCUUACACACUUUCCUGCCAGAGAUAAAACCUCAUCUUACAGGGACACUUGUGAAGAGUCUGAUGAACCAACUAAAAAGACUGAGAUCAACGUGACUAGGAUGAGUGUUCAAGAUGCUAUCAGUUUAUUUGAAAGAAAACAGAGAGAUCAAACAGAUGAGAGUCAGAAAAAAACAGCAACUGAUAACUCUACAAACCCAAACAAGGCAGUGUUGAGGAGAUGGAGUUCUGGGAUGAGUGAGUCUCAAAAGUCCACGACUCAGGACACAAUGGAGCAUAAUGCUUCAGAGAAUAAUACUGAAGAUGAGAAUGUUCAAAGGAGUGCAGAAGUGGAAUUGGAUGCAGUUCUUGAUACUGAGGAUCAGAAUUUGGAGGAGAAUAUGGGAUUAGAGGGGGGCAAAACUAUUGCUCUGAGUCCAAGUGAAGAUGAAGGCCUAGUGUGUCAGACAGAGGAGACUUUUGAAAAAGUAGAUUCAGCUGAAUGGAAUAGGCAAAAAGAGGAGGAAUUGAACAGGAUGCUGAUGAAAUUUGCAGAGUAUAGCAUGAGCAACCGUAAAAUGACAGAGCCAGAUAACAAAAAGAAUCGUGUAUCUCGCUUGGGGCAAAGCGAUGGAGCUAACAGUGAUCACAAGGGGAAAAAAGAUGAAAAAAUGACUAGGGAGAAGUCCGGAAAGAGAGUAGAGAAGCAGACUGGCAUUAGACCUAAGCAAAGAGUUCCAGAGAAGCCUAAGCCAGAAAAAUCCACUGCUAAGGCUAGUGAUAUAGGAAAGAAACUCCCUGCUAGCAGAACUCUGAGUGCUAACAAAAAUUCGCCUGUUUCUUCGAAUUCCAAAAAGGAGUCUAUAAAACCAGCUGUGCCGAAGAAGGUUGCAUCUAGAUCAUCUUCCUUGCCUGCCACUAGGAAAUCAUGGCCAUCAACGCCGUCACCAAGAAUGACUGAAACAUUGCCAACUAAAAGUCCGACAAUAACAACUUCAGUACCUCGUCAAAAAUCCCAAUCUCUAGCACCUCGUCAGAAACCCCAAUCUCCUGUUCCAGUAUCACGUCCUAGCCCAAAGUUGGAAAAGCCUCAAUUGCAACAGAAAGAUGUCAAGAAACAACAGAUUGAUACUAAAAAAAACUUGAAGAAAGUGGAUGACAGUAAAAGCCGUAUGGUGCCAAAAAGCGGGAGAUCAAUGAUAAAAACAAUGGCUCCUGAAGAGGAUGCUGCUGCUGUCAAUCCAGCUAAAGCAGUCGUGCGUAAGAAGGUGACCAAGAAGAGUAGUGUGGUCCCACUUGAGGUGAAGCCAUCUGUUCGCAAAGUUUCGGAAAAAAGCCCUGCAAAAAUUUUGGAAAAAAGUCCUGCAAAAUUUUCGGAAAAAAGCCCUGCAAAAUUUUCGGAAAAAAGUCCUACCAAAAUUUUGGAAAAAAGCCCUGCAAAAAAUUCAGCUAGUCGAAAGAGAGAGAUUCUCCCUCAAGCAGAAGAAACUUUGAGCAAAUCUGAAGAUCCUCUUAAUAUUGCGGAUAAUGUUGGGAAUGUUACUUUAGAUACAGUUCAUCUGGAGUCUGAAGAUUUGCAGACUCAAUAUGAUCAUCUUGAACUUGAAAUAGAAACAGAGGCAGAAAAACCUGAAGAUGGCGACGAAAAAGAGAUUAUUGUUGAAGCCCCUCCUCAAGAAGAUGGAGUUGUUGACAGAAUGUCGGAGUCACCAGCUAUAAGUCAGAUUCCGUCUGCACAAGAAUCACUAAUUUCACCAGCUGCAUGGGAGGAAAGCAACCCGUCAGAUGCGGCUGGCCCAAGUACUGACAGCACUGCUUCAUCUCUUCCCAAUCCUGAUACUGUGGAUUCGGGAACCAGAGUUCGUCAUUCACUCUCACAGAUGCUUCUGGAAGAAACCAGUGAACCUGACAUAAUUGAGUGGGGAAAUGCUGAACAUCCACCUUCCAUGGUUUACCAAAAAGAUGCUCCUAAAGGCUUUAAGAGACUUUUGAAGUUUGCUCGAAAGAAUAAAGAAGCUAAUGGAGGUACUUGGGCAAGUCCAUAUACAUCUGAAGGAGAGGAUGAUGGAGAUGAAUACAAAAACCUUGGUAAGAGAAACUCAGACAAUUUGCUGAAGGUUGCUCUCCACUCAAAGAACUACGCAGAAGGAUUUUUGUCUGAUUCUGAACCACAUUCUGCUCGAUCAAACACAAGCAACAGCUCUGCUAGAAGUUCAAAUAAGUUUCAAGACGGUCAUGCCUCUUCGAGAGGUACAAGAUCUUUCUUCUCUCUGUCUGCAUUCCGUGGAAAAAAUUGAGACAUUGCCUUGUGGACUCGAGGGAGACGCCUAAUUUUGGGACAAUCAUUCAUUGUGUGGUUUACUCCCCUUUGUAUGCUAAAUAUUUACCUUGUGCAGUUUAUUAAUUUGUAUCAAGCAAUGCAGUGUAAUGUUUUGAUUCAGUGGCAUUCUUUGGGGAUCUGGAUAGGUCCAGGAUGUAUAUGUAAAAUGUAGAGCAAGCAACAAGAGCGAUUUUCUAGGACAUAGAACAGUCUGUGUAGAAAUUACAUGUUUUCAGUUCAAAGUAACUACCUGAAUAGUUUACCCCUUAUUCUCAUGCAAGGUAAUAUGUUGCAUGUUACAGACCGUA